CAUCUUCUUCAGCUUACCUCAAAACUCAAAAUCACACAGAGAGAAGACAGAAGCUUCUGGAAGAUGGGGGUGUCUCCGUCAAAGCGAGUCAAGUCGUCCUUUUCCAACUCGCCCGAGUUCAACUCAGCCUGCGACUCGGCCUUCAGCCACUGCCUCUCUCUGACCGAGCACGGCUUCGACGGCGUCUUCCCCUUCCAGCUCGCCACCGCCUCCGACCAUCUCUACCAAACCCUCCAGGCCGGGCCCCACCCCCACCCUCUCAUCCUCAGGUGGGUCCCUUCUCCCCCGACUCGCUCCCAGGUCGACUCCGCUCUCAGGGCCGUCCCUCGCGAGUCCAAGGCGACGACGACGACGACGACACUCGGCCCGGCCCAGUUCAAGCAGUGGGCCGUCGAGCUCUUCGCCGGCGCCGUCGUCUGCAACGCUCGCCAAGCACUCAUGGUUCGGGUCCCCAUCGGCGUCGCUGGGAUUGCUGGCUUGGGGGCCGCCAGUCGCUCCGGUAAGGACAUUGUUGGAACCGCGAUUGGGGUGUACGCGCUUGGCGUUGCCACCGCCAUUUAUCUCGGUUUACAGUAGGGGCUUUAGAGUUUAUGGAUGGAUGGAAAGUGAAUUCGAAAGGAGCAAUUCUAGUAAUACAUGCUUGUUGGACCAGUUAUAUACAUUUCAUUUGUCUAAAUGCCAAUUAUAUAUUAUAUAUAUCUAUAUCCAAUGUCUCUUGAUUCUCUACUAUUGGGGUUUUGAUCAAGUUGGUUAUUCAAUUUCUUGGUUUUAAUGUAAGUCCUGUGUUUCAUGCUGUAACAUAAAGUUGGGGGACCAGUUAGAUUCUGUGCAUAGUGUUUCAUUGUGAGUUUGGAGUUGGAUGUUUGAUUUACUAAAGGCUGUCAUGCAUAGGAUUUGAAGAAAUAAGAUUUCUGGAUAGCCAUAGGAAAAACACACGAGGAAUCAGUCUUGAUACCUUUGCUUGGUGAUAGGAACUGCAUAGCCUCUCCCACGUUCAGAGGUCAUUAGUUUCUUUUUUCAUGAAUUGCGUGUCAAAUCUUACUACUGAUGAAGAACAUAGAACUAUUGUCAUACUUCAUUUAU